UACAAUUCUCCUCUUCGUUAUACAUCAAUUCAAACUAUCUUAAUCUAUAUAUCCAAAUAAUCAACAUAGAAGAAGCCAUCAUGCCCCCACCUCCCCUCACCGUGCAAUACAAAGAAGCCAACGGCAGUAAAAUCACCACCGACAUCUACCUCCCGUCACUAGAACAACCCACCACCAGCGGAACUGACACACCAAAGAAAUAUCCCGUUCUAAUCAACAUCCAUGGCGGCGUCUUCAUGCUCGGCCACUCGCGCAUGGUUUCCAUGCCGCAAGUCGACGACUGCCUGGCCCGGAACUGGAUAGUCGUGGUACCCAAUCAUCGCCUCUGUCCGCAGGUAAAUAUGCUCGAGGGGCCAAUAACCGAUGUCCGCGACCUGUUGGCGUGGAUUUAUGAUGGGGGGUUAGAUGCGUUUCUUGCCGGUGCAGGUGCAGAUGCAGCGCUGUACCGCGUUGAUAUGGAUCGGGUUAUGGCAUUUGGGACGUCAUCGGGGGGAACGUUGGCGUUGUCGUUGGGCUACUCCGUCCCCCGCCCUGUCGCCGCAAUCCUCGACUUUUACGGUGCCGUGCACUUUACCCACCCCUUCUGGACCCAACCUCUCCCGGAUGUCCAACGCACUCUCCCACCCCUCGACCCUGCAUUUCUGCAAAAGAUCUACGACGAGUUCCCCGUCCCCACGGACAGUUCCAUCUCGCUGGAAGGUCAGACAGAACUUGCUGGCGUUGGCGGGAAGCCUGCUGCUAAAGGCCCGGAUUUCUCCCGGCCCCGGGACGCCUUUGCCCUGACGCAGGUGGCUAAUGGGACGGUCUUGCAGGCUUGUUAUCCUGACAGGGAUGUGAGGGAGGUGGAUCCGGUGGUGCAUGUCGGGAAGGACUUCCCGCCGACGUUUAUUGUGCAUGGGGAUUGUGAUACGAAGGUCAGUAUUGACGUCAGUCGGGAAUUGUGGAGGGUGUUGAGGGAGAAUGGGGUCGAGUGUGGGAUGGUGGAGGUGCCCGGGGAGGAUCAUACGUUUGCGAUGGGGAUGAAGGUUGGGGGGAGAACAUGGGAGUUGCAGAGGGAGGGGUUUGAUUUUCUGGAGAGGAUUAUUGCGCGGUAGAUAAUAGUAAGAUAGGGGUUGGUUUGGUGGUGGUGAAGAGGAAGGGGGGGAGGGUUUCAUAUAGAUCACUGAUAAGAGUAAGAAUCAAGAUCUAGCAGUUCUUAUUCCAUAGGCCUUUAACUUAUUCGGUAUUUAAACCAUCUCGGGGAUUGUCCGAUGUGUGUGCUGUAUAGUGUGGAAAGUAGUAGGAUGUCCACCAAUGCACGGCAAUGAUAAGCUAGGCUGCAACGUAUGCAAUAUUCUGGGAUGGCCGGUGUCCGCGGGGUCCAGGCACUCUAGGCUGAUGCCAAUCUUAG